GAGCCAUGAAGAGAACGCCUAAGUUUUUUAUAUGAUAGCAGCUAGGGGUCUGACUUCAUUUUUUGGAUCUGAAAAUUUAGUUGUCUUAGCACCUUUUGUUGAAGAGACCAUUCUUAUUACAUUGAAUGGACUUGACACCCUUGUCAAAAAUCAAUUGGCUGACUGCCAUGGAUGUAGACCAUGGCGAGCCCAGGAAAAGACAAUUAUCGAAUGAAGAGCUAUAAGAACAAUGCCCUAAACCCUGAGGAAAUGAGGCGAAGAAGAGAGGAAGAGGGCAUUCAACUCCGGAAGCAGAAACGGGAGCAACAACUUUUUAAACGGAGAAAUGUGGAGCUGAUUAAUGAAGAAGCUGCCAUGUUCGAUAGUCUCCUCAUGGACUCCUAUGUGAGCUCUACCACGGGGGAGAGUGUGAUCACAAGAGAGAUGGUGGAGAUGUUGUUUUCUGAUGAUUCUGACCUGCAGUUAGCAACCACACAGAAAUUCCGGAAACUGCUCUCCAAAGAGCCUAGUCCUCCAAUAGAUGAAGUUAUCAAUACUCCAGGAGUGGUGGAUCGGUUUGUGGAGUUUCUGAAGAGGAAUGAGAAUUGUACAUUACAGUUUGAAGCUGCUUGGGCUUUAACGAACAUUGCCUCUGGAACCUCUCAGCAGACCAAAAUUGUCAUUGAAGCAGGGGCUGUGCCCAUUUUUAUAGAGCUGCUUAACUCAGACUUUGAGGAUGUACAGGAACAGGCAGUCUGGGCACUGGGAAACAUAGCUGGAGAUAGCUCCGUUUGCCGAGAUUACGUCCUGGGCUGUUCCAUCCUUAAUCCUUUGUUAACACUCCUUACCAAGUCCACACGACUGACAAUGACACGGAAUGCAGUCUGGGCCCUGUCAAAUCUUUGCCGCGGGAAGAACCCACCCCCAGAAUUUGCAAAGGUUUCCCCCUGUUUGCCUGUGCUGUCUCGCCUACUCUUCAGCAGCGACUCGGACUUGCUAGCAGAUGCUUGCUGGGCCCUUUCUUAUCUGUCUGAUGGCCCCAACGAGAAGAUCCAGGCAGUCAUAGACUCUGGAGUCUGCCGAAGAUUGGUAGAACUUCUGAUGCACAACGAUAACAAAGUGGCUUCUCCUGCCCUGAGAGCUGUGGGUAACAUCGUCACCGGGGAUGACAUCCAGACCCAGGUCAUUCUUAACUGUUCAGCCCUCCCUUGCCUCCUCCACUUGCUGAGCAGCUCCAAGGAAUCAAUCCGAAAGGAAGCUUGCUGGACCAUUUCAAAUAUCACUGCUGGCAACAGGGCUCAGAUACAGGCUGUCAUAGAUGCAAAUAUCUUUCCCGUGUUGAUUGAAAUCCUUCAAAAAGCAGAGUUUCGUACAAGGAAAGAGGCAGCCUGGGCCAUCACCAAUGCCACAUCAGGAGGAACCCCUGAGCAAAUCAGGUACCUGGUCUCCCUGGGCUGCAUCAAACCCCUGUGUGACUUGCUGACUGUAAUGGACUCAAAAAUUGUACAAGUAGCCCUCAAUGGCCUGGAGAAUAUCCUUCGGCUUGGAGAGCAAGAGGGCAAGCGCAGUGGCUCAGGGGUCAAUCCCUACUGCGGCCUCAUCGAGGAAGCCUAUGGCUUGGAUAAAAUUGAGUUUCUCCAGAGCCAUGAGAACCAGGAGAUCUAUCAGAAGGCCUUCGACCUCAUUGAGCACUACUUUGGUGUAGAAGAUGAUGAUAGCAGCCUGGCUCCCCAAGUGGAUGAAACGCAACAGCAGUUCAUCUUCCAGCAGCCUGAGGCCCCCAUGGAGGGCUUCCAGCUAUAAUGUCUGCCUCCGGGGAGGGGAGGGCGUGGGAAGCACCACCAACCAGCGGAAAAGCAGCCCUCUGGUGGGCGGGAGACCAGCCCCCCCACCAUCAGCCACCACACACCUCUGCUGCCCUGGAAACUGUGCUCUUGACCCGCUCCGCCCCCUUCCCUGGAGGGAGCACCCUCUGGACAGACAGAACCAUCUGAGGCUCACAUUUGGGUUUUGUGACAAGAAGGGGACGUGUUGGGUUUUUCUUCCUUACACUAUAUUUUGACUGCACAUAUGUCUUUAACCCAGGAGCCCAAGGGUAGACAAAGGAGGACUGAGGUAAUCAAUUUUGCACCUUUUUUUAUUUUUAUUUUUUGUCUUUAGUGGUAACUUCCUUCCCUUUUAUCUUUCUUCAUCCUUCCCAGUCCUCUGCCCUGAUCUGUAUAACUCUUAUCUUGGGUACUUGAGCAGAUGGAGUAUUCCAGAGGUGGGGGGUGGGGGGGAAGGGGAGAAAUCCAAAACAAAGUGUUCUUGCUCUGACAGAAUAUUAAUCUUGUAUGCUUGGAUUGAGUUAUUUAAUUUUUUCUUUUGCACAUUUUUCUUGUAUUAAGAUUGCUCUUUCCAAGAGCCAUGAGCUCCUGGUUUUAGGAAUCCCAGCUGCCAGCAUUGUCUGGGACUAGAGGCUGAGGAGAGGGUAACCAUGAGACAAAGGCCCCUCCCUCCAUCUAACUAACCCCUUGCCCAGACCUCUUUAGUUUGGGAGCUCCCCUUCACCCUCCUGGGGCCUAUACACCAGGGAGUGAGGGGGGAGGAGCACAGGCCUUCAGACGGGGCUUCCCAUGUGUCGCUACUGAUCCCAUAUUUCCUACCCACCUUCCACUGGUGCGACCCAACUUCAUUUGUUUACUUGAAAAUUCCCCUCAGAGUUGAAAUGAACCUCUGAGGUAGCUGUAUCUUUUUCUUGUAAGCACGUGACAGGGGGCUGUGGUCCUUCUUUCUCCUGAGGAGAAAGUCCUUGCUCUGGUGACCCUUAAGUUGCAGCGGAGAUUGGAGUGAGAGUGUCAUGUAUGGGGAUAGCCAGGGGAUCCCUGCCUUUGGCCUUUCUUCUUCUUCUUCCUCUUCCAUAGCUGGAUCAUGUAUAUUUUACUUCCAAAGGAGAGAAUGUCAAAAAGUUCUGUAUUUUUUUAUAUUCUGUAUAUUAGGUAGGUCGGUCUUCAUUGGUCUUAAGAGGAAGAACUGUCUCUGUAAUUUCUGUGAGUAGGAUACUGUGAGGAAGACCAGAAAGAGUUGCGGAAGCUCUUUCGCUCAGGAAGCCUGACCUGGGUCCUUCUAUCUGCUUGGUUUCUAGGCCACCACCUGGGACCUACCCUUAGCUCUGGAACCUUCAUAUAGCAGGUCAGCCUGGUCUGGUUGUGCCGGCACCUGCAGGGAGCAGGGGUGGCCCUGGGGCCUGGUGAAGUCUGCCACCACCCUGACCCUCACUGCUGAGCAUCCUUUGUACAUCAGGAAACCCGAAAGCAGUCUGCCUCUCAGGCUCAGCCUCACAGGCCCUUGUCCACAUAAAUUAUUGCAGAUGGCUGCCUGUCAUAUUAUCGGAGAAUUGUAGGGACUUUUGUGAGAGUGACUGAUAGCUUCCCUGAUUGGGAUCCUCAUACACAGUUUGGGUUUUGCCCUUCCUGUGACAGUUAUAAUCCUGACGCCUUUUCUUUUCCCUUCGAAUAGAGCUGCUGCAGUGCCUCAGUGGCUUCAGUGGAUCACACGGGAUAGUAAAGCCCAGUUCUUAGGAGUCGGGUGGAGGUAGUUGCUGGCUGAGGGUAGAGAAAUGGUGGAGCUGAAGGCACAAUCUGCUCUGCCCCUGCUUCACCCCUAGGUUGGUCAGAGGUGCCCCGUUCCAAGCCUGUUUUCCCUUCCCUAGAAACAGUGCCAUUCUGGCUGCCAUUCCUACCUGCCGUGCUCAGGUUAAAUCCAAGCCACUCUGCUUACGGAUAAAAAGUUCAGAUGCUUUUGGUCUGGAAUCUGCCCUCUCCUUCUUGUGUGAAAAUCCAACUCCAGAAGCAUUUUCUGAGAAAGGUGGUUGGGGUUAGUGGUUACCACUGAAAAAUCAUACCAGUGCUGUGCCACCUAAGUGAGUCAGAUGUUACUCUUCAUCUUGGGCACGAUGAAUACCAAAUUCUACUCUCCCCAGGUAGGCAAGGGCCAGGACCCUUUUCACUUGGCCUGCUGACUCCAUUGCAGAACUAUUUCCUACAGUGCAAAAGAACCCCCCCCAUCACCACCACAUACACCUGCCCCUCACCCUUGUCCAUAUGGCAUUGUGUUUUAUAAGAUCUACGGUGUACAUUUCUUGCAUUAGUUAAGUCCCUGCUGUUGGAGCCAAAUUCUUAUUGCGAGACACACAUCCUGCCUUCCCUAACAGUUCUUCCAAAAUCUGCUUUUGCUUCAGAUGUGUAUGAAUUUUUGUUUGUUUUUAGAUAGCUCUUUCUGAUCUGGCUACUGCUUGAAGCCUGUUUUCUACAAGGACUCCAAAGGCUGAAGUGUCCCAGGGCACAGCAUGAGGACAAAUUUCUCAUCAGAUAAACGGCCUUUAGGAUCUUUCCUUUGUUAGUGUCUUCCUCAAACCAUGUUUCCCAUUAUCUUCCUCUGGUCCCCUUUCAGUCAAUAAGUGAAGUUCUUCCAGGCCACAGAGGCAAUAACAUCACCUUCUAUGUCUCCUCUCCUCCUCUGGCCAUCUUGGGAAGCAAAAUAUUAUUUCUUCCUAACCCAGGCUUGACAGCCACUCUUCAUGGGCAGCUCCCAUCUGGACUUCAGACUCUGGCCACAGUGAGGUCAGAGGCUCUAAGAGAGAUUUCUGAAUGGAUAUUAUAGGGAGUGUGGGUUUCCCUCACCUGCUAUAGAGUAUAGCCUGAGAAGACAUGUGUUUGGAAUCUUAAUAUUUUGUAGCAUGCUAUGUCCAUUUUAAGAUCUCUGGUGGGUUGGAGAUAUUUAGGUGUGGAUUAAGAGGACGAGGAGCAUUUUUCUUAGUAAAGUGUUCAAAUAAUGUUUUGAACAUUUCCAGCUAUUGCUUAUUGCCAGUCCUUCUGAGCGUUCCACUCUCAAACCAUCUUCUCUAGUAUUAACAGGAUCUUUAGUCUUAGAAGCCUGCUGUCAGUUCUGAGCUUUCCCCAGUGACUGACUGGCCUUGGUGUUGGCUGCAACCUUCUGACAGAACCACAUAGGCUCUACCCUCCACUGGCCAGUCUGGAUACUUAGGGUAAUGGGUACAAAUGACCCUUCCAAGGAACUGGUUUGAUGACUUCAGGUUUCAGAUACCUGUUGUGUUCCCCCUUACCUAGAACCCAAAAAUCCACUCCUGUUCACUUUCCCUGGAAGCCUCUUUCCAAGAGCCCAUUUUUUGGAGCUAAACUGCACAGAUUAUAGCUGCUACCAUACUUAGUCAAGGAAGAGUGAAAGAAGGCUCUCAGGCACCGACUUUCAAUUUUUCUCAAACCAAACCAGUUUAAAAUGAAAACUGUGGCAGAAUGAACUGGAUUUCCAUUUUCUCAUGUCUGCCUGCCUUUCCCUUACACACUCUACAGUCACCCAUUUCUAGCAAAAGUAGAAGGGAAGGAGAUGGAACACCUAGCCAUACUUCCCUCCUCCUCCCACAUGCCCAUCUUCAAAGGCCUCAGCUCAUUGUUCAGGCCACGUCCCUUCUCCCCAAGACUCACUCAGCUUGGUAUCUACCAUCCUGGAUAUUCCUCAGAUCAUCCUGUGGGCUCGGGUUCUGGAUUCUUAAAUGAAGGCAGGGAGCAAGAUUCUCCAGGUCUCUGCAGCCACUAUAAGGACCCAUAAGGAGAAGAGGCUGGCUGGGGGCCUCCCUGGCAGGCUGGCGAAGGAUGGUGCAAGGCUUAGUGCACUGAACCAUAGGAAAGACAAGCAUAGCAACAUCGUCCAGGUAGGACUAUCCUACAAACAAGUGCGUGUGAGACUAAGAAAUUGCUAAGAGUAGGUUUCUUCACAGCUGUUUUAGCAUUGUGUAUUUUAGACCAAUCUUGUCCAGUAUUUUUUGUGUCUUGUAUUUUUUUGUUAAGCCAACAAGCUGAGAACUUGGCCCUCUGGGAAUCCAUAUAGGUAGGCAAUAGCUAGCUGCUCUUUGGCCAAGGCCUUCAUAAAUGAUUCAGUCAUCCCAUUGUCUGUUCCCUAGCCCCUCCCCUGGAUGAAGACCAUGGUAAGGGAAGAAUUUGAGGUUGAUACCACCCAACCAAUUAAGUCUAAAGUAAAUCUGUUAGUUUUUCCCUGAGAGAGCAUUCUUGCAUCAGACUUGGCUGUUUGCGGAAUCAAAUCUGGUUGUGAGUUAGAAGAGGUGCCAUUAAAUUGGGGGCCCAGAACACCCCUGAAGAGAAAGGUUUGUGUAGUGUGUCAUAAAGAUCUUCAGGGGAUUUGGGCCCACCUCUCUACUUCGGGCCAGCCUAGCUGUUUUUGUCCACAUUAGCACAUACCUGGGUCCCUCUGCUAAAUUCCAACCCUUUCCCUUAUGUAGGCCAGAUGUUCAGCUUCUGGGUUUGUGAAGAGUGAAGUCUGCCAUGCCAAGAACCCUCAGGCCCUGAGUUGAGUCUUGGCUCUUUUAGCCAGCUUUUGUGGGCAUUGCCUUUGAUUGAACCACUAAAGACGAAAGGGGGUAUGAGGACCCAGCUACUCAAGACAGAUGCCCCUGAAAAACAUCUUGGUUUCCCAGCUCCAGAUCCAAGGAAAGUGAAUCAAACCUUUUUCCUCACUGGUUUUUCUUUUCAAAUUGAUUUGCUUUUAAGAACUACAAACUCUGGCUGUUAUUUUCCAUAUUCUCAGGGCCCCUGGGUAGACAAGACAGAGCUUGAUGAUUUCAGAGCAGACAUAAGCCAAGAAACCAUGGCGCUGAGUGUGCUGAGUCCAGACAGACAAAUGAUAUUUAUAUACACAUCCAAAUUUGAAGAGAAAAUGUAUUUCUUUAGGUUUCAAACACUGUAAUAGAUACAAAGCAAAAAUAAAAACCUGUUGCAAAGUU